AAUCGUUCAUGAGCGACCCAUCACUAGUGUGUGGUGAUAUUACCUUUAUUUCGUAUUUUCCCUCGUCUGAUUAUUGCUUGUCAUCAUGUUUGACGGGAACAUGCACGCGAGAUAUUUUUUCUUCACCUUCCUGCUGGUGGUAAACAGAGUGUCAUCGCAGAAUGUCCGCCUGGUUAAGGGUACACUAGGAGGAAGCGUCGUCUUACCGUGUUCGUCUGAUCAGAGUAAUACAAACGUGUACUGGCGAUACAGCGAAAAGAUUACGGUGUGUGACAUCAUCAAAGGCGAAGUGGAUUUUGACGAGCAGGACCCAGUGUUCAAGGACAGAGUGGAGAGUUUUUCCUCAGAGUUUGCAAAAGGCAACUUUUCAAUCAAACUGAAAAACCUGAAAAAGUCUGAUGAAGGAGUUUAUACCUGCAAUUUCCCCAAAAUACUUACUCCAGGGACAUUGAAACUGAUUGUUACAGAAAACAGAAUUGGGAUUGUCAUGAGAGGACCAUAUAGCCUUGUACUUUUUCUCCUGGGAUGCAUUCUACUGCUCUGAACCACCUCAAGCACAAACACAUUGACCUUUUUUCUUGAUUUUUGCAGGAUUUUCAUAUUUUUUAAAAAUGCUAAAGGCUUUGCUAAGAGUACAGUGCCCACCAAAGUUUUUAAUUGAUUCUCUGCCAAUAAAUGCCAUGUUGGACGUUCAUCUCAACAUUCUAAAAAGAAAUGUCUCCCUAAAAAGAGAAUAAAAUCGUGCAGCUAUAGCCAGCAUCUUCGGGUAAUGGUCACCUCAACCAUCAUACAAAUAUGUGCUCGUAGGGAUGCUGGUGCAAGGUGGGGUGGACUGAGUAUUUCUGGAACAGCUGAUUCCCACACACAGCCUAGUGUUGAAUUAGAAUUAAGCAAAAAAUAUAAAACAUCCACUGAGCAGCAGCAGUUUUGCAGAUAGGACCGCCUGGUUGAUGAGAGAGUUUAAAAGAACGGACUGAUUCAACUUGACAAAAAAGGCUGCAAAUGUGCUACAACACCAGAAGACCAUGUCGGGUUCAAUUUCUGUCAGCCAAGAACAGAAUGCUAAGGCAGCCAGGAGCACAAGCUCACAGAAACUGUAGGUUCAAAGAAACUUAAUUCCUGGAUAGAAUUUGGCCCCAACAGAAUGAACUCAUGGACCCAAUCUGUCUUGAGCUAAACGUUCAGGCUGGUGGAGGUGAUGUUAUGUAUUCUUGCCACACUUUAGGACCAUUAAUACCAAUCAAUAAUUGCAUAAGUCAAAACAGGAAACUGAACUGAAAACAGGAUUUAACAAACUAUUAAACAUUUUCUUAACACCUGAUUAUCCAGACAGUGGUUGUCCUUUUAGAUCAGCAGUUUAUCCAAAAAUACAGCCUACCUAGGAUUAGAGGGGAGACUUUAAAUACAAAAUAAAAUGUUGUAUUAUUGUGGAAAAAAAGAUCUCCUUACAUAGUGCCUAUCAAACCAUAUACUAAUAUUAGUAGGAUUGCCUUUGUAUAAUGCGUUAAACAUGAAUUUAUCUGCAGAGAUGAACAAUGCUUAUUGGUUUAUUCACCGUAUAAUGUUUGUAUAAUUAUUUAUUUUAUUUUCUAGCAUUGUAUUUAUUCAUAUUGUAUUUAUCUUAUUGCAACUAUUGUUUAAGUUUGUUAAUUCAGCGUUACCGAUGUUUUGCCACUCUACAUUGUGGAUCUCGAAGGAUAUAUAUAAACAAAAUGAUGCAUUUGAAAAAAGCCCCUGAAUAUUCUGUAAUAACUCUCGCUAUGAUAAAACAAUCUAAAUAAAAAAACAUUUUUUACAUACCUUGACGUAUGUGUAAUCGAUUGCAUUAAAUGCGAUGCUGGAGGGAUCUCAGUUUUUUGCCAGACACAUUUCGAAGCAGCACUGCAUGUUCCUAAACGGCUCCAGGCCCCCGAAUACAGGAUAAAGCGGUAUAGACGAUGAGUGAGUUAGUGAGUGAGUGAGCGAGCUCUUGAACGAUGGUGACACAAUAUGCAUGCAAUUCCUUUUUGCAGCUCUCCAACAUGUUGAAUAAGACCUUCCUGUGCGAGGCGUUCCAGAGAUUCCAUAGGCGAUUGCUGUAGACGAAGUUGCACAUCACUAAUUGUGUUCUGAGACAUUU